GGUCGUCAUAACCGGUACGAGACAGCGAGAAGAUGCCAAUCAGCACCCGCUAACUUCUCAUGGUGUGCUUACACCACGUUAGCCAGGCCAGGGUGUAGCGAAUGAGGGUCAGCAUUUAGUACUAUUCAAUGUGCGAAGGAUUUCACGUAGGAAGCCAUGAUAUUGAACCUUGAUAAAUGAUGCAGGUUGGCCCGGGAAAUAAUGCUUGGGCCAAUGGAUAGAGGUGUAUGCCGGUCAAGAGCAUGGUACCUGCAUUUGCAACAAGCUCAUCAGAAUUGGUGUGGCGAUUGGAGCGACUACGGCACGCUGUUACCAGGAAGGAGCUUGUUUUGCGGCGGCAGGAUAGCCCGUAUUCGGCACCGAGCGGCAGGUUGGGGGCUGCUGCUAUGCUACUGUUGGGUCUGCGUUCGCAUGCUCACAGAGGAGUCUGCAUUUGUUGAUGCCUCUACCAUACCUGCGUCGAUCUGAAGCUUCGGGUACCCUGCGUCCGUCACACGAGAGGUUCGA